ACAGCCCAAAAGCCAAAAUAUUUCGAACUUGGAAACGCGGGGCGGCGGGGGGUAGACUGGCCUGCCCCGCUGCCGCUGGCCGCAAGGGAAGGUGAUUGGGGUAGGUUGGAAACACGCUAAGCGUUGUCGUCGUCAUAACGACCCCGAAGUUCCAACUUCCAACCGAUCUAUCCAUGCUGGACGGAAUUUCGUAACGUCUACUGAAUACACAACAAAAGCACUAACGGUUUUAACGGUUAUGCUGUGGGGGUGCGGACCACUUUCAGAUCUUCCCCUAUCCAUUGGAUAAUCUUAACCAUCCAUCCAUCAAUCAUAGAUCAUCGAUGAGUUGCAGUUUAGUGAUAAAAAAAUAUUAAUUAAAUGAAUAAUGUUAAUUAAGCUCUAUUUUUGUUUAUUUAUGUUUUAAAUUCUCCGAAAGGGCCCUUCUCAAGCCUCUGUUUUUACGCUUUCACUGAAUGCAAAAGCCUUACGCAACAGCCAUUUAAAUGCUUCGUUGGCUUCUUCGCCUCUCCCUUACUACUUUCACAUGAGGGAGAUCUGGAACUAGAAGAAGCCAUGACGAAGAAGAGACCUCCGUCUACUCUACGCCACGUCUUCUGGUUCGGGACGAAGCUCGUAAUCUCAAUAUCCAUCGUGCUCUGCGUUUUCGCUCUUCUCAGACUCCACUCUCAGUCCAAGCUCCAAUCUUCCAUCGCUUCCUCUCGCAGAUCUCGUAGCUUGGAUGAGCACUUCGAUGGCCCUUCCAAGGUUGCUUUUUUGUUUCUCGCACGAAGAAAUCUUCCCCUCGAUUUUCUAUGGGAGAGCUUCUUCGAGAAUGCAGAUGCCGCAAAUUUCUCAAUUUAUAUUCAUUCAGAGCCUGGUUUUGUGUUUGACGAAUCAACAACGAAGUCGUCUUUCUUUUACGGUCGGCAGUUGAGCAAGAGCAUUAAGGUUAUGUGGGGAGAAUCGAGUAUGAUUGAAGCUGAGAAGUUAUUACUUGGAGCAGCUCUUGAGGAUCCAGCAAAUCAGAGAUUUGUUCUCCUCUCAGAUAGCUGUGUUCCUUUGUACAACUUUAGCUACAUAUAUCACUACGUGAUGUCUUCUCCAAGGAGUUUUGUUGACAGCUUUCUUGAUAAGAAAGAAAGUCGGUAUAAUCCAAAGAUGUCACCUACCAUACCAAAGGAUAAAUGGAGAAAAGGAUCACAGUGGAUUACAUUAAUUCGGGGGCAUGCAGAGGUGGUUGCAGAUGACAAAAAUAUCUUCUCAGUUUUCAAGAAAUUUUGCAAGCGCCGACCACCCAUCGAUCCCAACAAGGGGAAGCAGAAUAUUAAGCUUCAGAAACAGCACAACUGUAUCCCUGACGAACACUAUGUGCAGACAUUACUUGCAAUGAGCAACCUUGAAGGUGAAGUUGAACAAAGAACCUUGACCUACACCUUGUGGAACCAAUCUACAUCAAAAAUGGAAAGGAAGGGUUGGCAUCCUAUCACAUUCAAUUAUGCAAAUGCAGGUCGUGAACAAAUCAAAAUAAUCAAGGAUAUCAACCAUGUGUACUAUGAAACUGAGUACCGGACAGAGUGGUGCCGUACCAAUUCUGCAUAUGUCUCCUGCUUCCUCUUUGCAAGGAAGUUCUCAGAGGCUGCAGCCAUGCGCCUUCUGAGUGAGGGGAUAGUAGGUUCCUUUGAUGCCACUGCCUUGUUAGACAACCACUCAUAAUUGCCUUAGUUAUACCAGUUCUCAUCUUCUAACAGCACACCUGACCAUGUUAAUUAGUUCAGGGAGAGGAUAUUUUGCAGGGUGACAUGAGGAGGCACCCAAGAGGAAUUAACACAAAAAUUCUACGUACAAAGAACAGUUUUUGACCGGUAGCUGUUCGGCACAAUAUUAACACAAACACAAAAGAUGACAAGUAAAGGAGCAGAUGGUAGCUUUUAAUUGAACUAUCACAGUAUGUCAAGAAGUGGAGGUUUGAUUGCUAGGAGAACAGUAGAAAUCACCACGAUAUGUUGAGGCGUCUGUAGGGAAUCUAUCCCAAAAUCAUAUGCGCAUAGAAACAAUUUUUUAUGAUGUAUAUCCAAAUAGGAAAAAGUGGCUAUUCAACAGGAUAUUGACACAAAUACAAAACGAGGAGACAUGAAAGGAGCAUAUGGCAAUUCUUUAUCAAGUCAUCAGAAUAUAUUUAGAAAUCUGUAGGUAUGAUCGUUGAGAGUUUCUUCAUUGUCUUUUUAAUUUGAUCUUUCAUGAUAGUUCUUGCGAGUUGUAUCCCAUUUUGUGUGUGUUCUCAAUUAAGAGUAAGGUUCAAGUUA